UAUAACUUUAUAUAGCUAGCUGGCGUAGCGCGCUCGUAGCUAGCUGUACAGUCUAUAUGGCUGGCGUUGCAGGGUAUGGAGCUGGCCAUGGCCCCCAGAAAACAGAUGAUAGACCAUGGUCAUCUUACAUACCUAGUCCCAUCAAAGGACUCAAAAACCUCCUGCCUAGCCUUGCGCCUGGUGGUCAGAGGAAGGAGAUGCCUCGACCUCAUGAUCAUGAGCAUGACAUAUUAAUUCAGGCACAGCCAAAAGCUACUCAGAGGGAAAUCGACGAAGACUGGGAGAGUGUUCAGGCCCCAAAGAAUGCAGAAUCUGUGUUGGUCAAUUGUCACAUCAUUGCUGAGUUGGAGACGUUAAGGAACUAUCAUACCGACAGCUUACUGAGAAUUGCUGACUUGGAACGACGAGUGCAAAUAGCCGAGCAAAGUGCACUACUCAAAGAGAGUGUGAUAACUGAUCUAAUGAAGCAACAAAGACAGAAAUCUGGCAGGAAAAAAUCCAAGGGAAAACAUGACGUUGAUGGAGCCCAAUUAAUUGCCAUGAUCGAUAAUUUUCAGAAAAUCGAAGAACAAUUUAAGUCCGAUCUCGUGCAAUAAGAAGAGCAGCGAUGUCAAGCAACCCAACAGGUCAUUGCACUCAGAGAGGAGCUUAGCUCUUCACGACACUACAUUGAGAAUCUCCAACACAGAUACAAAGAAAUGGUUGAUGUAAAACCAAAAAUGGAAGGUGAAAUGAAGCAGCUCUAUGAGAUAACACCUGAAGAUAUACCAGAAGAUGUUGAUGUCAGAGUGUUGGUCUCUCAGUUACGAGCCCGUGUCAGCACGUUGGAAAGAGAAAACCAACAAGUCAAAGAGCACACAAAACAACAGAGCAAACACAUUCAGAUAAUGAAGCAACAUGAAGAAGGGAUUGAGUUUCAUGAGGGAGACCUUGAGUCACUGAAAGGUACUUGUGAGGAUUUGGAGAGACGUAACAGAGCUUUAGCUGGUCAAUUGAGGAAGAUGAAGGGAGAGAACCAACAACUGAAAUCUCUAAUUGAAGCUGAGCAAGCACAGGCAGCGACAUACAAAUUUGAUUUUGAGGAAGAAAGGAAAGAUCGUGAAAAAGCUCACAGCCGGUACACUGACCUUAUGGCUGAACUGAAGAAAGAACAUAUUCAAGAGAUAUCACAAAUCACCAAAGACCUAGAACUCCACAAAGGUUUACUGGGAGAUGUUGAGGAAGUCAAGUUUGCUCUGGAAAAAGAACUCCGUGACUGGCAAGCUGAAGCUCUUCAGGGCAGAGAUGAUCUACAGGCCAAGACCAGUCAGGUCAAAGCAUACAAAAAACAGGUCGACCAGCUAAAAGAAAAAUCUGAAACACAAGAACAACAAAUAUUGGGAGAUUUAUCGACAACAAAAAUAAAAAAGUCUGACCUCUCACCUGCCCCAACGAAAAAAGGGAAAAGCAAAACCACUGAACAUAAAAAGAAAUCCACAGGUGAACCUCCGUCCCCCUGUGGAGGUUUGGAACAGAAACUGGCCAAUGUUGAGACACUCUGUGACUCUCUUCAAACUGAUAAUGCGUGUCUACGUGAAGCUAAAAGGAAGUCACAGCUUCUUGAAAAGGCAUUGAAAGAGGCUAAUGAUGAUCUGAAGGACAAAGUAGUGAACCUUGAGAAGAACGUGAAAGGCUUACGAGACUACAUAAAAAAGGAGUCAGAGGUUGAGAAAUUAGAAAAAGGAUGUAACAAGACCUCUAGCACUGUAGAAAAUGUGCAUCUCGACUCCGUUCGACCGAACAUUUCUGCACCACCACCAAUGAAUAAUACCCUGGUGUCAACCCCUCUGUCUUAUCCACCCUCUGUCCAUGGCCAUCCAUCCAGCAUGCCCAAUCAGUCUCACACUACUUCCUGUGACAUCAGUGAACAAGGUCCUCGAAGUGACGGCUUUGGAGAGAACAGUCAAUCAAAUGCACAAUUUCAACAGUUACAUGUACAAGGAAAUGUUCAUAAUGUUGACGAGCAAAUGUAUAGAGAUGGAAACAAUUACGGUCAAAGUUACAGUCCUGUUGCAUCACGUGGUGCCAAUGACCUGGUUGUCCCUCACCAUCUUCCCAACACGACUGUCAACCCCCAAAGUAACUAUCGUGACCACAACUUGGCUCCCCAGCAGCAGUACAACCAGGGUACCCACUAUCCUUUCAAUUAUAGUGAACCACAGCAGUAUCCUCAACAAAGGCAGCCUGAUUAUCAACAACGGCAGUGGCACAGUCAAAACCAACAACAGUACUACGAUGGCCAACAAUCUGAUGUAUACAGUCAGCAACAUCAAGACCCACAGCAACAAACGUGGCGUAGCCAAGGCCAGCAACAGUACUAUGAGGACCAACAACCCAAUGUGCACAACCAUCAACAACAAAGUCAGUAUGAACAAUCGAAUGGACAGUCAGCACGCAGGAAUUUACCAAUCGAUUUGCAAGGUGCACAUCAUUCUCAACGGCCGAUCUCACAUGAACGUUAUGAAAACACUCCAACACCAGGGACUCCAGUUACUAUGGAGAAUGCCUCGACCUACAGCUCAUACGGUAGCACUCGAACUAGCAGUGAUAUUGGUGUAGAUGUACCGUCACCUACGGCUCAAGAAAAACCCAGGCCAAAGCCUCGAAUGUUGAACUCUACUCGACAAGUUGAACGUAAACAGAACACACCCUCACCAACAUACGUUGCACCAAACCCUGCACCUGUCGAAUAUCCACUAGCAAAUCGUACCGAACUUCUUGUCAAACCCAACGUCCUUCAAGAAGGCAUAAACGGAGAGAUUAUUGAGGCAGCUGCUGCAGUGAGUCAGGUGACGAGGGAGGAAGGAGAGAGGGAGGGUGCUCCACUAGACCCCAACCUGAUCUGUCCAAUGUGUAUGAAGCAGUAUCGCAUCGGAGAGAUACAACUGUACAGAGCUCACGUCAACAAGUGCGAUGGAAACAAACAAUAAA